UUUAAAUAGAUGCUGCAUUCCUUGUCGAUAGAGUUACGGUCCGUUUCUGUUCUCUUUCGUUUCCGAGUCUUUCUGUUUCAGUCCGAUUCGGUGAUUAGUCGCACAUGGGUAUUAGACGCGAGACUCGAAACUCGGCUGGUUCGAAAAAUGGCCACAAAAUCUGCAGACCUGAAGCACUACAGCGAAUCGACAGAAGAGAAAAUUGCCAAACAAGUUUUUGAGUGGGUUGCCACUGAAACUACUUACCCCCUGGGGUUCUACAACUUAGUUAUAGAAACUAGUAAUGCUAAGAUAGGGACAUCUUUCAGCGACGCAGCGGUCUAUCUUCAAGUGAUUGAGGAAGUUCGGGAGUCGGUACGGAAAGAUCAUGCAGACGGAUUUCCAACCUGUGGACUGAUUCCCAUAAAGGACAUUCUGAAUGUGUCUAUUCUAAAAGACUUUGUAGCAAAUGGAGUAAAAGCUAUCGAGAAAUACCCAGACUGUUCCCAACAAUCAUUCUUGGCGUUGUUUGAAUUCCUGCGUGAGAGAAAAAAACAUGGAAAGGCACUUCAGACACUCAUCACAACCACUCCUCCAACAAAUGGAAAUAAGGAGACACAAGUUAUGGUUGCAUUGGCCCAUCACCUGUUCUCACAAUUAAUACCAGGCAAGAUGUAUGAAGUUGAUGAAUAUGCAAAGCAAGUUCCAAAAGAAUGUGGCUGUGGUUGUAAGGCCAGAAUUUCUGAAGGAAACACUUCAGUAGGGUCACAGGGAACAUGGCAUGGUCGAGUAGAUAUCCUCCUGAGCCACACAAUCGCUGUAGCAAUGGCAAAGAGACAAACAGGAAAGGAAGAAGAAGGUGAAGAGGAGGAAAAUCUUGAUACAGAUGCAGAGGAACCUGUGGAACGUGACGGUGUUCUCCUGGAUCAAAAAGUCUUAAAUCAGAUCUUAGCUGAAGCUAUAACAAAUGGAUUUGCUCAAGCUAACAUGCAUAAGGAUACAUUAUCACAUUUCUUGAUUCCAACUUUUGGAACCACAUCAGACCAUGUUACUAUUUGUCUGUAUGACUGAAAAUGACUACUUACUGCACAUCAAGGAAGAACUAACAUUAUGGAGUCCAGGUGAGACAGCUGAUCAGCUAAAUGUAACUACCAUAGUUGUCAUUUGGCUUUUCUUGAACUUUACUAUUUUUACUAAGAAAAAUCUGCAUGCUAAAGUUGAUCUUGACAAGUCAGGAUUACAUGAAGAAUUGAAGGAGCGUCUGGAAU